AUGAAGUUCGUUUACUUGAUCUGCUUCGUCACCUGCUUGGUUAUCUCUGGUGGAAGUGCUGCCCCGUCAGGGAAUCGAAUAGAAGAGACGCAAGACGAACAGGCAAUAGGUGAUGAAGAAUUCGAAAAUGAUACAGAUUUCUACACAUUCGCAGAUGAAGUCUCUGCAGGUAUCCACAAACUUUUAUUCGGACCAGCAUACAUUCAAUUUCACGAUGAGAUUCAAUUGAAUCAAAAUGACACGGAUGUCCCAGUAGUGCUUGAAGAGGGAAUAUGA